AUGAAUCCGUUUGAUGACUCGGAUGACGACAUCCGGCCACGUGUUAGGCCUCGCAUCAAAUCAUUGAGACUAUUGAGUGAUAGCGAAGACAGUAGUGUCGGUGAUAACGAUCUCAAUGACGACAACAAUAACAGCCUCUUAUCACAGACUCGUCAUCGAGUGAUGAAUCAAUCACUCAAUCAAAGAUUCAUUGAUGAGACUAUAGAUCUCUGUCUCACAACUGAAUCGGAUCUCGUGGGCGACACAUCAAGCGCUGACCAUCACGUGGUGCUCAACACCAACGCCAGCGCAGAGCCUCUGAUCAGCACUUCAUUCACAUCGCCUCUCAUUGAACCCAAUCUUACCAUUAAUACAAUGACAUCAAAGCAAGUGAUAAAGGAUUUAGUAGACGGCGUCGAGCGUCUAGUGGUGGCCACCGAUGACGGCAGCGAUGUAUUCACAGACGACGACACAGACACUGAAGAGGUGGACGUUUCUGGAGGCAACGGAUCGGACGCAAACAAAACCAUUGAUUUGAGUGGUUUGUUGUCCAGCGAUGAAGAGUUGUCGGAUGUAUUAUCAAUUGAUGACUUAGUAGCCAAUGGCGAGCGCUCUAAUGUCACGUCAACGCCGGUGACUAAAGCCAAACCGAAAGCGUAUGAAAGGCAAGAGAUUGAAGCGAUUCCCGAAGUGACAGACCUUAGAGUCGAGACACAGAACGCCAUUCGCGCCGAAGAGGAGCGCAAACGACGGCUGAACCAGAGAUAUGCGGAUCUGUCUGAUGAUGACGUUUUUGAAGUGGUUUCGCCGCAGACAUCACCGCAAGUGAUAGAUAUCAAUGAUAGCACUGAUGAGGACGACAAUAACCACAAAACACGACCCGUUAUUAAGCGAUCGCUGAGAGACACCGCCGGACAAGACUUUGCCGACUUUGGUCUCCACACCGACGACCGGCUCAAUACAGCCGAAGCGGACGGUCGAGUGCUGGUCAAUGUCCGCCACCCGCCCGAAGAUCCAGACAUAUAUCUAACCAGAAAGUUAUCGGAUGCCAUACACCCGCACCAAAUCGGUGGCAUUCGCUUCCUUUACGAUAAUAUCAUUGAAAGCAUA